AACCGUUUGGGCGAGGUGCCGUCGGGAGGUUCUCGCGAGACGGGAGCGACAGCGGGAGUUGGCGUUUCCCUCACGCGGCCGCUCCGAGGUCUCCAUCCCUUUCUCUGCCUCCCGCCGCCAUGUCGGCCAUGGGGACUCUGGCAUUCGACGAGUACGGGCGGCCCUUCCUCAUCCUCAAGGACCAGGAGCGGAAAAGCCGCUCCACCGGCAUAGAGGCCCUCAAGGUACGCGGCGGGCGGGCGGGCGGGCGGGGGAGGCCGGCGCUCGGAUUCAAAGGCCGAUCCUGGUCCUGCAAGAGCCGCCUCACGCCGCCGCCGUUACCCGCCUCUCUCCUGGCGGGCUCUCGCUGCUCCUUGGUGGGGCAUCUCGGAGCCGCCGCCUCGCUCCGGCCCCUUGGCGCGGAGCUCCGGCCCCCUCCCUGUGGCGCGUGUUCGUGCCCCCUCAGCCCCCCCUUCGGGAGUUGGACCCCUCCCGCCAACUGCCGCCCCUUCUCUGUUCGCGCUCCCGGCAGGCCGCCUUGUUUUAUUUCCCCCGACCCUCCUUCUACACCAGGGGUCUGCAGACUUUUCCCGCCGGGCCGGUCCACCGUCCCUCAGACCUUGUGGCGGGCCGGACUGCAUUCCUAUGCCCCACAAAUGACCCAGAGAUGCAUUUUAAAUAAAAGGACACAUUCUGCUCAUGUAAAAACACACUGAUUCCCCGACAGUCCAGGGGCCAGAUUUAGAAGGCGACUGGGCCGGAUCUGGCCCCCGGGCCUUGGGUUGCCUACCCAUGUUCUACACCUUCUUUUCCCCUUCCCGUCCCUUUCUGUUUUCGUCUCUCUUUGGAGCGUUUGACAGAAUUGAUCGGGAUCCUUGACGAUCCAGAGGGACAGGAAUGUCGUCACACUGCACUAACCGUUUGAAAGCUUUUUGGGGGGGGGGGGUGAACGAGAGAGAGCUCCUUUCCUUUCAUUUUGAAAGUUUCGGAAAGGAGCUAACACCCUGCCUAGCAAAUACUCUCCAUGUUCUUAGAGACACGAAAAUGAUGCAGUCAUUCAGGUUGUAUAAUUCAUCUGUAUGUACAGAUUCAAUUACAGAAAGAAUUAUAUGAAUGGUUACAUUUCUUGGUGACCCUUAUGUUAUACGUCUAUUCUAUUUAGCUAAUGAAAUAUAAAAAAAUUAAAAAGAGGCAGCACUGUCUUCAUCUCUGUUCUUGCAAGAUUUUGUAAUACUGGUUCUGUACUUGUGUUUUAUAGUCUCACAUAUUGGCAGCUAAGGCAGUAGCCAAUACUCUAAGAUCUUCGCUUGGGCCCAAUGGUAAGUAUAAUUAUGUUAUAACCCUUUAAAUCUGCUGUGUUAAAAUGCUUUUCUAUUCAUACUGGCAUUUUGUUUCAAUAUUUGUUGCAGGCCUUGAUAAAAUGAUGGUUGACAAGGAUGGUGAUGUGACUGUGACAAACGAUGGUGCCACCAUCUUGAAUAUGAUGGAUGUGGACCAUCAAAUUGCUAAACUUAUGGUUGAGCUGGCGAAAUCUCAGGAUGAUGAGAUUGGGGAUGGGACCACAGGUGUUGUUGGUAAGAUUACUGAAUCUUAUGUGUUGAAAUUUUGUAACUUUAAAAGUGAUUUCAAGUUCCUUAUAAAAAAUGCUAAGUUUGACAGUAACGACUAAGUAUCAUAUGUAACUGGUACCUCGGUUUUUGAACACUCCUCGGAAGUCUUAACAUUCCAUGCGGCUUUCACUGAGUGCAAAAUCCUGAGGCCUAGCUGUCGGCUAUUGAGUUUUCGGUUUUCGAACGUUUCAGAACUUGGAACGGUCUUCCAGAAUGGAUUAUGUUCGAAAACCAAGGUACCACUGUAUUUAAUUAUACACAUUGCCACAUUGUGUUUUUGUUUAUAAAAGAGUCAAAGCUACAGCUUAUAGCAGUUGAUCAGUUGCCAGUGCAUAAAACUUUAACCCAGUUGAGUAGCAUAAAAUGACAUUAUUUGCAGUAACUGCAUGGAUUGUGCACCUGGAUCAGUUUCUUUAAACUAAAUAGUUUUGCACAUUUACUAGAGAAUGUGUAUUCACUAGGGAUUCCUCCCAGUGUUUGUAAAAUUGCAUGAUAGGUCUUAAAUUGUGGUACUCCGUUUUUAUCCACACUAAUAUUUGAGGUGGUAAAAGUGGUUUUAUCAUCUCUGCUCAUGAUGAAACUUGCUAAGUACAUGAAAUUCAAAGGUUAACAUGAUAAGAGGAUAUAUAUAUAUAUAGUCCAGUAGCACCUUAGAGACCAACUAAGUUUCAUACCCAUUGAGUCAAUCACCCAUCUCCUACUACCCUCCUGAGAAACCCCCCCCCCCCCACUAUAUAACUUCUGUUUCAGUGUAUCUGAAGAAGUGUGCAUGCACACAAAAGCUUAUACCAAGAACAAACUUAGUUGGUCUCUAAGGUGCUACUGGACAGUUUUUUUAUGUAUUUCGACUGCGUCAGACCAACACAGCUACCUACCUGAAUGAAAGAGGAUACUUUGAAAUAAAAUGAGUUUUAUUUAAUGUCCAGUAUGUUCUAUAAAGGGGCGUGGGUGGCGCUGUGGGUUAAACCACAGAGCCUAGGACUUGCCGAUCAGAAGGUUGGCGGUUCGAAUCACCGUGACGGGGUGAGCUCCCGUUGCUCGGUCCCUGCUCCUGCCAACCUAGCAGUUCGAGAGCACGUCAAAGUGCAAGUAGAUAAAUAGGUACUGCUCCGGCAGGAAGGUAAACAGCAUUUCCAUGCGCUGCUCUGGUUCACCCGAAGCGGCUUUGUCAUGCUGGCCACAUGACCCGGAAGCUGUACGCCGGCCCCCUUGGCCAAUAAAGUGAGAUGGGCGCCACAACCCCAGAGUCUGCCACAACUGGACCUAAUGGUCAGGGGUCCCUUUACCUUUAAGUUCUAUAAAACAACUGGCACUGGGUGAUGUCCAACUUUGUCAUACUUGAAAUACAGUGGUACCUCGGGUUACAGACGCUUCAGGUUACAGAUGCUUCAGGUUACAGACUCCGCUAACCCAGAAAUAGUACCUCAGGUUAAGAUCUUUGCUUCAGGAUGAGAACAGAAAUUGUGCAGCGGCGGCAGCAGGAAGCCCCAUUAGCUAAAGUGGUGCUUCAGGUUAAGAACGGAUCUCCAGAACAAAUUAAGUUCUUAACCCGAGGUACCACUGUAGACCCAUACAAAUCGAUGAACUUAAAUCCAUUCAUUUCUAAUCUCAGUAACACAAAAGUUUUGUGUUCCAUGACCAAUGAUCUUUUCCCAAAUUUUCAAAAUGAAAAAAUGUAAGCAUCUUAAUCUUCAGAUUGGCAGCACUGGCCAGUCCUCUGCCUCCAGAAUUGUAUCAGCGGGAGCAAUUUGUUUCUGUAGGAUGGAGCUUAUUUUCUGAUGGAAUAAUGCUUUAUAAAGCUAUAUUUUAACUUGUUUAUUUUAUGUAUGGGUUAAUUUGUGUUAUAUUGACACACUGCCUCGAUUUUAUAUUUUACUCUUGCUAUUAUAUUGGAUAUUACGUUUCACAUUCUAUAUAAUAUCUCAUUAAAAAUGGUUUUUGGAAAUUAUGAGACUAGGGCAACUAUUACUUUGAAUUAGACAUCUUUAGUCCUUCUACCCUAUUUGGCUUCAAAACCCUAUAAAUACCUAUUUACCUGAUCAUCUGAUUGUAGCUGGUAAAAUGAUUUCCAAGUUAUUGUUCAAUAUCAAGUUCUUCUAAAACUGGAAGAUUUAGGUUUUUCAGUUAGUUGGUAUUCUUCAAAAUAUUCUAAUUGGUGUGUGUUGGCAGGUAUAUUAAUAAAAAUAUUCAUGGACUUGCUUGCACACAGCUGUCUGUUUCAGGAACUUAUCUUUAGGUGCCAGGAAAAACAUUCCUCACCUCACAAGCUUUUGGCUAAUUAAACCGUGUACAGUGGUACCUCGGGUUACAUACGCUUCAGGUUAAGAACUUUGCUUCAGGAAAUCUUGCUCCGGCGGCGCAGCAGCAGCAGGAGGCCCCAUUAGCUAAAGUGGUGCUUCAGGUUAAGAACAGUUUCAGGUUAAGAACGGACCUCCGGAACGAAUUAAGUACUUAACCUGAGGUACCACUGUAUUGGCUUUUAAACUGCGGUGGGGGUAUUAUUUGUUUGUUAUUAUGGCAUGUAGUUUUGUGGUUUUAUAUUGUAAACCACCUUUUGAUCUUCGGAUGAAGAGCAGUAUAGAAAUUUAAUAAAUAAUAAUGGAGGUAAAAUUGCCUAUUAAAGAGGCAAAACGUUUUUGUUACAACUUUGCUUCUGCAGUUCUUGCAGGUGCUCUAUUGGAACAGGCAGAGCACUUGUUGGAUCGUGGUAUUCAUCCUAUCAGAAUAGCAGAUGGGUAUGAACAAGCUGCUCGCAUUGCUAUUGAGAACUUGGACAAGAUCAGUGACAGUUUUCCUGUUGACCCAGAGAACUUAGAGCCUCUCAUUCAGACAGCAAAGACUACUCUGGGCUCUAAAGUGUAAGUACACACUACUUCUUUUAAAAAAAUUAAUACUCCUAGGUAUUGUAAUUCUGCAGGCAAAUUUCUGUUUGAGCUUAUGGUUACUGAGAGUUGAUUUAUGCAUUACAUUGAGCACAUGGUGUGUUUUUUAAAGCAAUGGGUAAUAUUCAGCCCAAUUACAUUAUACAGAGUAGAUUCAUUGUAAUCAAAGGACUUGAAUGAUUUAAGUACAAUGCUUCAUUGGGUCUAUUGAGUAUAACUAGCAUUGGCUAUUGCCCAAUGUGCUUAACACUGAGCCUUAUUUUGAAGGAAAACCUGCUGAUUUUCAAGUGUUGCUAGUGAGGAAAGAUUAUCAAACAGUGAACUGCCACAGAAGCAGGAAUACCCCAGGCUGCCUCUGCCCUGCCACCUUUGAGAGUAGCCAGAGGAGGUACAAGAAUGAACACAAGAAUGAAAUGGAUUUUUUAUGUAUUGACGAAACUUUGAAUAAAUAUCAUUUAAAAAAAAAAAGAAUGAACACAGCACCCACACCUAUCUGCUUUUGCUCACCCUUUCUUAAGAGAAAUGUGUUUGACUGCUCACUUACUCUUCUCUCUGGAAGUUGUGGUGCACCAGAUUAAUCAAGGAAGGAGCAGUUACUUAAUUCGCUCACCAGUGUUCUACAGGUGGUGACAAUUGAACCCAAGCCUCCACUGAAUGCUACCCAUUGAUAGAAGAGGGUGGGUGAGAAGGAGCAGCAGCUGUUCCUUGCUGCUUUCUUGCAACAGCAAGGAGUGGGAAAGUGAUGGUUGCUGCUGCUUCUGAUCACUCAUUUGCUCUUUUCAUCUGGUAGGCUACACCUGCUUGUGUGCUCGUUGUUUUGGUGAGCAAAAGUAGGUAGUUACUGCUUUUUGUUCCUUUGAAAUAUUGUUCCUUUGCAGCCCCAACUUUAAUUCAGAGUCAAGACAUGGCUGCAAGGAAAGAAUCAGAAACACGCUUAGAGUGCGCUUCUGAUUCUUCAUCCUUUAGUUGCAGCUUGAAGUUUUCAGUGGUGGCUUGAUGUUUCCUAUGUCUGACAUCAUACGACAUCAGGCCAAAGGUGGCUGUGGUUAGCUCAAAAAGACUUGCAGACCUGAGGUUCUUCACUCCUCUACAGUUUGAUUUUCUCUUCUCACUGAUUUCUGCUGAUAAGUUAUUUUUCUUCAAAAUAAAAGUGAUGGCAUUGAGGAAAAGUGAUUAACGUAAUAUGCAGUUUGAUCAUAAGUUUAAAGUGAGCUUGUGUCAACAUAGUUUAAAGAUUAAUAUUUAUUCUGUGAGUUCUCCAAAAUCUUCAGUAAGCCAUUCGGGUCUACAAUGUUUGAUUUUGAUUUUUUUUAAUUACCUGAAUAUUUUAUAAUGAAACUUCCUUUCAUUUUUAGAAUUAAUCGUUGCCACAGACAAAUGGCAGAAAUAGCUGUAAAUGCAGUGCUAACUGUGGCAGAUAUGGAGCGCAGAGAUGUUGAUUUUGAGCUGAUAAAAGUCCAGGGCAAGGUCGGUGGUAGACUGGAGGACACGCAACUAGUAAAAGGUGUGAUAGUAGAUAAAGACUUCAGCCACCCACAAAUGCCUAAAGUGAGUGACCUUGUUGAUUUGAUAAUGGGAUUUUUUCUUUGUAAACCUUGAGUUUUCUUAUUGCUGCUUAAGUCCAGCUGUUUUUUUAAAUCAACUCAAAAUGUAUUAUUACAGUGGUACUUUGGGUUACAAACACUUCGGGUUGCAGACUCCGCUAACCUGGAAGUAGUACCUAGGGUUAAGAACUUUACCUCAGGAUGGGAACAGAAAUCGUGUGGCGGCAGGCCCCAUUAGCUAAAGUAGUAUCUCAGGUUAGGAAGGGUUUCAGGUUAAGAACGGACCUCCGGAACAAAUUAAGUUUGUAACCAGAGGUACCAUUGUAUUACCAUUAUUAUCUGGGGUGGUUUGUUCUUGAGGAAACCAUUAAUUUUUAAUCGUUAAAACUUGAAAGUUUAUUGCCCACUUUAACUCUAGCCCUUAUUUUCCCAGGAACUUAAAGAUGUUAAAAUUGCAAUACUGACUUGCCCAUUUGAGCCACCUAAGCCAAAAACUAAGCAUAAGCUUGAUGUAACAUCUGUGGAAGACUAUAGGGCAUUGCAGCAGUACGAGAAGGAGAAGUUUGAUGAGAUGGUGAAACAGGUUAGAAUGAUACUUAUUUGUUUUAAUAUGCUAAAAGGCUUUUGAAAAAUGUCAUAAAAAUCUUCACUUGCAUUUGACAAUUAACACUCUUGCCAAAUAGUACUGAAAGUGACCAUUGUGUUCAGUGUUGUAUAUGUUGUUGUCGUUUAGUCGUGUCCGAGUCUUCGUGACCCCAUGGACCAGAGCACGUCUUCCACUGCCUCCCGCAGUUUGGUCAAACUCAUGCUGGUAGCUUCGAGAACACUGUCCAACCAAUCUCGUCCUCUGCCAUCCCCUUGUUCUUGUGCCCUCAACCUUUCCCAGCAUCAGGGUCUUUUCCUGGGCGUCUUCUCUUCUCAUGAGGUGGCCAAAGAGCCUCAGCUUCAGGAUCUGUCCUUCCAGUGAGCACUCAGGGCUGAUUUCCUAAGAAUGGAUAGGUUUGAUCUUCUUGCAGUCCAUGGGACUCUCAAGAGUCUCCUCCAGCACCAGUGUUGUAUAUAUUCCACUCCUAAAGUUUCUAUUCCACAUGCAGGUUAUUCAAAUUCUUUAUCAAGGGAAGCCAAAUAAUAUAACCCAUAUAUAAAAGCAGUUUUUGCAUAAUUCUGGUAUUCCUAAUCAUGGGUAGGGGAAGGUGCUGUGCAAGACACUGAAACUUUGUCCCCCUGCCACUAGAUAGCUUAUUUAUCCACCUCUGUGGCUUGUGAGAUUUAUCUUCCAGACUUCUAAGCAUAGUUUUGCAAUCUAUGUUUAAAGUUUCUAACGUUUAAAGAGAGGUGUGUGUGGAAAUGCGCUUCUGCAGAAUUUCUGUAUGCACUUAGCCCAGAUUAUACUUCUUGCAAUACUAAAAGGAAAUUGAACAACAUUUCUGAAUUUCCUGUUUACAGCAAGGUUUAUCUUGCAUAAAAUCAGAAGUUUAAUGAUGUCAGAGAAUCGUCUUGGAGUAGCUUUGAAGUGGAUAUGCACUUGAUUAGGAUUUAGAAGUGAGGCUGAUGUAAGUUGCACUCAGAGUUGGAAUCCAGUGUACUGUAUUCACUAUUCAUGACUAAGCCUCUUGAUUUUCAAUGAGUCUCUUCUGAGUUUUGCUUUGUUGGAUACCACUCAAUGCUUCUAAAGCUCGGAGUAAAAUUGUGAACCAGUGCUUCCCUGCCCACUUCUUACUUUUAUGUACUUCUGAGAAGCUCAAAACUAACAUUUCAAGUCAAAACGGAAGCUGACCAGCAUGUGUGAGUCUGCACUUUUUUGAGAUCUAUGACUCCACCUAGCUGUGAUUGGUCAAACUAUGGCGCAGGACCAAUUCGUGUUUCCUUUUCUUCCAUCCGUCUCCUGUGUAGCAGCGGUAGGCUUUAAGCUUUCGAGCCAGGCCUCUACCGUUGCAGGAAUGUUAGCAUGAAGGCCCUUCCAAGCUGCACAUUUAUUUGAUGUGCACCACAACCGGGGGCAACCCCCAAACCAGCUAGGGAGACAGCUUGCCAUAGUUUUUAGCACCUCCAUGGGUGGUUAAUGUAACUGGCAUCUGUUCAGGGCUGCCCCUAUUCAUGCGGUUACUUACUGUAACAACUUCAUGGUGAGUUCCAGCAACUAUUUUUCUUGAAAAAAAGCACUGAAUAAAUAUGUAUAUAUGUAUGUAUUUUAGAUCAAAGACACUGGUGCAACCCUAGCUAUUUGCCAGUGGGGAUUUGAUGAUGAGGCCAAUCACUUACUGCUUCAGAAUGAGUUACCUGCCGUUCGCUGGGUUGGUGGUCCUGAAAUAGAAGUAAGUAUGAGUCACUUGCUACUCCUUAUUUUUCCCGUGUACUUUAAGGUUUGUCACUCAUAGCUUUUCUGAUUGCUUUCAGUUGAUUGCCAUUGCAACUGGAGGCCGCAUUGUACCUCGUUUUUGUGAGCUCACACCUGAAAAACUAGGAUUUGCUGGCAUUGUCAAAGAGCUCUCAUUUGGAACCACAAAAGACAGAAUGCUUGUAAUUGAGCAAUGCAAAAAUUCCAGAGCUGUGACCAUCUUCAUUAGAGGUGGAAAUAAAAUGGUGAGUGAGCUAAUUUAAUCAGAUAGUGUCUGCAGUUGUUUUUUUUCUGUUAAAAUCUUUGUACUGUUUCGCUUUGAUCUGCCUUAAUAGGAAUUCCUAAGUUGUGACAAGAACAAGUAGUAAUUAUUAACCUUGGAAAUAGGUGAUGUAAGAAAAGCACCGUAUUUUUCGCUCCAUAAGGCGCACCUACUUUUUUGGGGGGGGGGAUUCAAGGAAAAAAUACGCGGCUUUUGCGGGAGGUGAGGGAAGUGAGAGAGCCUUGCUUUGUCCCUUCCCCCACCUCCUGCAAAAGCCAGGGAUAGCCACGCGAAGCCUCCCCAGGGCAGCGGGAUGAAAGCUCCCCACUGCCCUGCGGAGGCUUUGUGCCACUAAAGCAGAAGCUAAAACAGCUAGAACAGAAAGCUAAAACAGAAGCUAAAACAGAAACAGAAACAGAAACAGAAAGCUAAAACAGAAGCUAAAACAGUGCUGCACAGCACUGUCUCUAGCUGUUCUGGCUUCUGGGGUAGCCUGCGAAGCCUCCGCAGGGCAGGGGGGAGCCCUCAUCCCACUGCCCUGCGGAGGCUUCGCGGCCUACCCCAGAGCUGCUCAGGAGCUUGUCAGGGCUGGCGGGGGAAGCCCAGCUUUCCCCCACCCCCAGCCCCAGCCCCAAAAAGCGGGUCGAGGAGCAGCGGAAAGGCUGUCACCCUUUCUUUUGAUAUACUAUGGGUGGAUAGUUGGCUCUUAAUUCUGGAUACCUUAAGGGUUUGUUUAAACAUAACAGGUUGCAUUAACAUUGUGUUCUGCUUGCACAGCAGAUUUUCACUUUUUCAAGGGAACUUCUCCAUCCUUGCCUUUCCCCUGCAGCCUCCUGCACACCCUCAAAAUUGUGAUUACCUUUUUAAUGUCAUCAGGCCUUUCUACUGCUUGAAUGUACCUGUUCUGCUCUUUACAUGUUUUACUCCCACAUGCACAUCAUGUUGAAAUUAAAGAAUUUUAUUUGUUUCACUGUGUUGUGAGCAUAAUUUUUAUCCCACUUUUUCUCUUCAACCAGUGAACCUUCUAAAACUAGAUUAUCAAAUUAAUUUUGCCACUUUGAAAUUAAGUUUGUAGACCUUCAGUAGAAGCAUCAAAACUGAAUAGUAGUGUUGUUUGCUCAUCCUGAGUUGGACAGGAGAACUGCUGUCCAAAAGGAAUUCUUGGGAGGCAGGAAAGGGCUGCAGUUCAUACCUUUUGUGUGCUGUUGCUUCUGAUACAGAUAGAAGUAGCUGGAGGAGGGGUUGUGUGGAUUUUUAGAACAGCAGUCCUACUCAGAAGCAAGUCUCAUUCUAUUCAGUAGGGUUUACUCAACUGAUAAAUGGAAAUAGGAUUUCAGCCUAACUGUUUUGAUAGGAUUUUUGGGUAGCCGUGCUUUUUAAUUUUAAGCCACUAAAAAGAGUGAAACUGGGCAAAUGACAGCAGUAGAAUUGCUAGUGGAAUCUGCUGUUCAAAUUUUGUAUGCUAGUUGUAUUUUCUGUUUAUUGGAAAAGUGCUAUAACCUCACCUUUCUUGUGUGUCUGCAAUUGCAUUGUCUAAUUGAAGAUCAUUGAAGAAGCCAAACGAUCCCUUCAUGAUGCAUUAUGUGUGAUCAGGAAUCUUGUUCGUGACAACCGUAUCGUUUAUGGCGGAGGUGCUUCUGAGAUCUCUUGUGCACUGGCUGUUAGUGAAACAGCAGAUAAGGUAAAAAAGAAGUUAGUUGAUAUGCCAUGCUGACCAACUUUACAUUAAGCUUUCGUAGAACUACGGAUGCUGCACUGCAGAUCCAAUUUUGUUUCUACUUGUGGUUUCUAGUGAAGCACCUGCAAAUUUGUUGUUGUUGUUUAGUCGUGUCCGACUCUUCGUGACCCCCUGGACCAGAGCACGCCAGGCACUCCUGUCUUCCACUGCCUCCCGCAGUUUGGUCAGACUCAUGUUUGUAGCUUCGAGAACACUGUCCAACCAUCUCAUCCUCUGUCGUCCCCUUCUCCUUGUGCCCUCAAUCUUUCCCAACAUCAGGGAGUCUUCUCUUCUCAUGAGGUGACCAAAGUAUUGGAGCCUCAGCUUCAGGAUCUGUACUUCCAGUGAGCACUCAGGGCUGAUUUCCUUAAGAAUGGAUACGUUUGAUCUUCAUGCAGUCCAUGGGAGUCUCAAGAGUCUCCUCCAGCACCUUCAAAUAGCCGCACCCUAUUCACUUCUGUAUCCAUAAGCAAUUUUAUGCUUAUGGAUUGGUAAGGGUGAAUUGUUCCCAGGCUGAUAAAACUGCAAUAUUCUUCAGAUGUGUAGUAUCACUUUAAACCUAAAAAUAGAUGCUUGCGUGCUCCCACACAAGAAAUCUUCAAAUUAUUGGCAUCUAGGCCCAUCUCUAAAAUUCAGUCACUGUAGUAUAUUGGAGUGUCAGACUUGAACCAGGAAAAAAUGAGUUUAAAUCCCAUCUCAGUCAUGAAUUUGAAUGGAUGGCCUUGGACCAUUAUUUCCCCCUCUCAUCCUAAGCUACCUGACAGAUUGGGAAAAGGACUGGAUGCAUUUUGUUGGCAGUGGGAAUGCUUUCUGGAGGGCCACAUGUAUCUCAUUUUUUUAAGGGGAGGAGAGUUGCUGCUUUUCCUUCCUUUUGUUUUGUUUUUGGAGCUGUUCUUGAAGUAUAAUUAUACUAGUUUUUUCCUUAGCAGAGUUAUCUGUUUUCCACAUUUAUUGGGCUGGGGUGUUAGCCUGCAUGUAUACAGACACCUCCUUGGAUUAUUAUUUGUACUCCUUGCAGAACUGUUGAGUUGCUCAUAUAAAUUGAACUCACUUGUCCUCAUUGGCAUAAUCACCCAGCCAAAUAUGAUUCAUUAUAUGGCCUCAUGACAUUAUAUUCACUAUGUGAGUCUUGAGUGGUUUGUUUUGUCCAUGUAGAUAAUAUGGAGGUGGAAGAGAGAAGAAGCCUUGGGGGGGGGGCAAGUACCAAAGCAGUUGCAAAGCGAAACUGGAUCAGUAAAAUGACAAAUAGGCACACAGUCUAAAACACUAACAAUAAACAAAAAAAACCCACAGUCCUGUUUCCCAUAAUGUAAAGAUAUAUAAAACAGGGCUCAACAGGUUAUGCUCAGGUACAUGUCUUUCUGAUUACAGCGUCUAACAACACAGCUGUUCAUGUUUACCUAGCUGCUCCUUCUAACUGACUUAUAAGGCUUCAUAUAUAAGCAGUAUAGCUGAUGGCCGCUGCUGCUGGGAGCACUGCUGCUUCUGUUGUUCCUCUUUGGGGUGGAAUGCAGAACUGAAGCAGCACUUCCUUAGACUUUGCUCUUACUUCAUGCUGUUAAACUUUAGGAUAGAUAAAAUAAAAAUGUUGGGUGAGGUAAAGCCAAAAUGGUGUGAUAGAUGAGGAGUGUCUUGGAAGCAACAGAGCACACCGUCUCCACCAAGGAGGAGACAGGGAACUCCCCUGAGAAGGAGGCUAGUUCACCAACACAGGAGCCAGAUAUAUGGAGAAACGUGACUCGAAGUAGGAGGCCCAGGGUUCGCUCUGAUUGUUUAGAAAUACACAAUCGCUUUGAGGUCCUCUCCCCUAGCAUGGAAGACGAAGAGCAGACUUCCAUUUGAGGAUCUCUCCCUCAUUACAGUCGAUCAGGUAUAUGAAGACGAGCAGCAAAGUCAGUCCUCAGGGAAUGUGCAGGCGACCUUGGAACGGACAGCUCACGGAAGAACCCCGACCAAACCUAAGAGGAGGCGUGUAGUGGUGAUAGGGGAUUCCCUACUGAGGGGAACAGAAGCAGUGAUCUGUGGGCCUGACAAGAUGUCUCGGGAAGUGUGCUGUCUCCCCGGGGCUAAGAUCCAAGACCCACUGACAAAUACCCCUUCCUCUUGGUUCAUGUGGAAACCAAUGACACUGCAAGCAACAGCCUCCAGAAGAUCAAGAGACUACGAGGCUCUGGGCAGGAAAUUGAAGCAAUUAAAUGCACAAAUUGUCAUCUCAUCUGCCCUCCCAGUUGAACGACGUGGCCCAGGGAGAAAGGGAAAAAUAGUGGAAGUGAACAGCUGGCUUCGCAAAUGGUAUAAACAGGAACGGUUUGGAUUCUUAGAUCACGGACUGCAGUUUCUUGAAGAUGGACUUCUGGCAAGCGAUGGGCUGCACCUCACAACAGUUGGGAGGAAUGUUUUUGCCAAAAAUUUCAGAAACCUCAUCAGGAGGGCUUUAAACUGACUAAUGUGGGGGAGGGAGACAGUGCUCCUGAAGGUAGGAGUCUUAUCAAUUGAUGAAGAUGAUCAUCCAAAUGUCAUAGACCAAAUGGAGCAAACAGCACGCAGACCUAGUGGAUGUAGCCUACCUUGAUUUCAGCAAGGCAUUUGACAAGGUGCCCCAUGAUAUUCUUGUCAAGAAGCUGGUAAAAUGCGGUCUUGACUAUGCUACCACUCAGUGGAUUUGUAACUGGCUGACUGACCGAACCCAAAGGGUGCUCAUCAAUGGUUCCUCUUCAUCCUGGAGAAGAGUGACUAGUGGGGUGCCACAGGGUUCUGUCUUGGGCCCGGUCUUAUUCAACAUCUUUAUCAACGACUUGGAUGAUGGACUCAAGGGCAUCCUGGUCAAAUUUGCAGAUGACACCAAACUGGGAGGGGUGGCUAACACCCCAGAGGACAGGAUCACACUUCAAAACGACCUUGACAGAUUAGAGAACUGGGCCAAAACAAACAGAUUAGAGAACUGGGCCAAAACAAACAAGAUGAAUUUUAACAGGGAGAAAUGUAAAGUAUUGCACUUGGGCAAAAAAAAUGAGAGGCACAAAUACAAGAUGGGGGACACCUGGCUUGAGAGCAGUACAUGUGAAAAGGAUCUAGGAGUCUUGGUUGACCACAAACUUGACAUGAGCCAACAGUGUGACGCGGCAGCUAAAAAGCCAAUGCAAUUCUGGGCUGCAUCAAUAGGAGUAUAGCAUCUAGAUCAAGGGAAGUAAUAGUGCCACUGUAUUCUGCUCUGGUCAGACCUCACCUGGAGUACUGUGUCCAGUUCUGGGCAUCACAGUUCAAGAAGGACACUGACAAACUGGAACGUGUCCAGAGGAGGGCAACCAAAAUGGUCAAAGGCCUGGAAACGUUGCCUUAUGAGGAACGGCUAAGGGAGCUGGGCAUGUUUCGCCUGGAGAAGAGGAGGUUAGGGGGUGAUAUGAUAGCCAUGUUCAAAUAUAUAAAAGGAUGUCACAUAGAGGAGGGAGAAAGGUUGUUUUCUGCUGCUCCUGAGAAGCAGACACGGAGCAAUGGAUCCAAACUACAAGAAAGAAGAUUCCACCUAAACAUUAGGAAGAACUUCCAGACAGUAAGAGCUGUUUGACAGUGGAAUUUGCUGCCAAGGAGUGUGGUGGAGUCUCCUUCUUUGGAGGUCUUUAAGCAGAGGCUUGACAACCAUAUGUCAGGAGUGCUCUGAUGGUGUUUCCUGCUUGGCAGGGGGUUGGACUUGAUGGCCCUUGUGGUCUCUUCCAACUCUAUGAUUCUAUGAAAUUUAAUAAAUGGAAAAAAAAAAUGUCAUGGUCACAUGGAAAAUACAAGCAUAUUCAGGGUAAUAGUGACUGGGUUUAUGCACCAGAAUUCAGGUUUAUAAAAGUUAGAGAAUCUCUUGAAGCUUUUAUUCUGUAUCAUUCAGCAUCUGAAUUCCCCACUUAUUCAAUAUUUCUUAAUAUUUAAUACAAUAAUUAAUAUCAAGUUUAGAUUUUUAUGUAGUAGCUUUGGCUUUGAGGGUAGGGAAGGAAGCUAUAUUUUGUCAGCUGGAAAAACGUAAUUCUCUGUAUAAUGUCACUGCUCACUCCGCAAAGAUGGUUACAGCUACAAUCCUGUUAAGUGGAGAAAGAUACAAUAAAGUAGGCAGUUAAGAUUGAAAGGCACUUCUCAUAAGCAGGUUCUUGUAGCUAAACGUCUUGUGUAGCCUGUGUUCUGUUUGGUUGUUUUUUUAAAAAAAAGAACAGCAUAUAUUUUCAGGUAAACAGUUAUUAAAACAUAAAGCAGGCUCUGUUUUCGGACGUCUUAUUCUGUGAUACUUGUUCUCCUAGUGCCCGUCACUGGAGCAGUAUGCCAUGAGGGCUUUUGCUGAUGCCCUCGAAGCCAUUCCAAUGGCACUUGCUGAGAAUAGUGGCAUGAAUCCUAUACAGACAAUGGCUGCAGUGCGGGCUCGGCAAGUGAAAGAAGAAAACUCUGCUUUGGGUAUUGACUGCUUACGCAAAGGGACAAAUGGUAAGGACCACAAGUACCAGCAUUAUUUUCAGAUAAGUGUCAGUGAAUGUAACGAUUGUUAUUCUACUGCACGUAAUUUCUUAGAAACACCUGAAUGUCAUUAAUAUUCUGAGCUUGCCACCUACUCCAAAAGAUGGGCUCUUCAAUUGGAUUUAGUGAAAUAGAGUGGCAUUCCUUUCGUGCCAUUGACAUUCCAGGGGAGAUUCCAUGGAGAAUUGGGCUAUGCCUUAGGCUAUUUGUCUCUGAACACCAGCUGUUGGAAAUCGCACACGGGGAGAGUGCUCUUGCUCUUAGGUGCUGCUUGGGGGCUUUCUAUAGUCAUCUGGUUGGCCACCUGAGAAUCAGAAGCUAGCCAGGAUGGGCUCUUGGCCUAUUCCAGGUUCUUAUAAUCCCAUACAAUGUGAUCUUCCCUUUGGGUCCUUCUAACUCUUGAUUGUACCAGCCAUUGGUCCUAAGGCACAGGCUGGAUAAAUGUUUCUUGAGUCUGCAGGCAACUCUAGUUCUGCUAGUUACUGCUCUUACCACUGAAUAAAAUGAAUUGUUGUAACAAGAACAUACAUAGAAAUCUAUUCCUUGCAUAGAACAGAUCUGUUUUCUAUGUUCUUGUAUUGUGCUGGGAAUGUUAAAUAAUUUUAAGUGAACGCAGUACAUUCACAUUUUCUUUUCUCUUGGCAGAUAUGAAGGAACAACAUGUUAUAGAAACUUUGAUUGGCAAGAAGCAGCAGAUCUCUCUGGCUACUCAAAUGGUUAGAAUGAUUCUGAAGAUUGAUGAUAUUCGCAAGCCUGGUGAAUCUGAAGAAUAAAAAAUUAAACCUGACAUGUUUCAAUUGCAGUGGUCCCAUCAGCCCAAUUCCAGUGUUUUCUCGUAGGCUGUUUCUGUUUGAUAUACUUAUUUACAUCAAUAAAUAGCUGUUGUGGUGUCAGUACUUUUUCAAAAGUUUCAUUGUUCUUUUUCUUAAGUUAUGCUGGGUCCCAGCUCCUCUUAUACAAAGAUACUGUAGAAAUAGAAACGUUAAAUUGUUCACAUUAUCUGUAGCUUUUAAUCUACUGCUCUCGUUUCCUUGUGGUGUUGGUAUAGAAAGUACAUUAGUACAUUUAGCACAUUAGACUUGUAUAACACUGUCGCCCUAAUUUUUGGAUUUUAGCAUGGAUUGUAUUAAAGUGGGCUUUGUGGAAUUGUAACUGGGAGGAACUCGAAAUAAAAAAAGAUGUGGGUUUUGGAAGAGCAGC